UCUAAAAAUAGCAAAUUUUGAUGAAAAUCUUUUGCCGACAUUCAGAAACACCCGAUUAUCUUCACGUUACAUUUUAAUUGGACUUGUAGCUUCAUAUAAAAUGACAAGUCCAGGUCAAAAAAACCACAGUAAGUCUAGAGGGACCAGAAUCUUCAUUUUUGUGUCACGAAAAUGCAUUCCACAACUAUGUCGGUGCUAUUUAUCAUUUUGUGCAGUGGACUGCUUAUCGAUGCUCAGUACACGGAAUCUGUUUUGCACCGGAUAACUCGCCAAGCGUCUGAUAUGAAUCGCAAAGGACCUGGUAUGGAUCAAGGAAUGUCGGCUAUGAAAAAUAUGAGCGAAAAUGGGAUGGGUCAUGGAAGGGAUAUGGCAUCAAAAGCUCAUGAAAUGGGCAAGAAAAUCCAUGAUAAAAUAAAAGACAUGAAAGGUUACUUUAACAGAAGUCGUCGUGCUGUCCCUUCUUUUAUUGAAAUCCAGUCUGUCAAUGCUCGGUCUCAAGUGGAAUUACACCGCAUGACCCGACAAUUACCUGGUUUUGACCAAGCAGCGUCCGCUAUAAAUAAAGUAGCUGAAGGUUUUAUGAAUGCUGGAAAAGAAAUAUUUGCAAAAGCUCCUGAAAUGGCGGAAAAGUUCUAUAAACAGGUACAAGAAAUGGCAGGGAAAUUUAUGACGCCUUCUAGCAGACGUCGUCGUGAUGCUUCAUCUUCAAUGAAAAAAGCCUACGGUAACGAAAAAGCUCCUUGUUUUUCUAAGGCUACUACAGGUAAAAUCUAACACACUUGUCAUACAAAAAAUGCUCAUUUGGUAUUAAAAAAUGUAAUGAUUUAAUUAAAAUAAAUAUCUGUUGUUGACCAUCA